AUGGAGCUGCCAGCUGUUGGCGAGCACGUCUUCGCGGUGGAGAGCAUCGAGAAGAAGCGGAUCCGCAAGGGCAGAGUGGAGUAUCUGGUGAAAUGGAGAGGCUGGUCCCCCAAAUAUAACACGUGGGAACCCGAGGAGAACAUCCUGGAUCCCCGGCUGCUGAUCGCCUUCCAGAACAGGGAACGGCAGGAGCAGCUGAUGGGAUAUCGGAAGAGAGGACCCAAGCCCAAGCCGCUGGUGGUGCAGGUACCUACCUUUGCCCGGCGCUCCAACGUGCUGACUGGACUCCAGGACUCCUCUGCAGACAACCGCUCUAAGCUGGAGCUGGGCGCUCAGGGCAAGGGCCAGGGCCACCAGUACGAGCUCAACAGCAAGAAGCACCACCAGUACCAGCCGCACAGCAAGGAGCGAGCCGGCAAACCCCCACCGCCAGGCAAGAGCGGCAAGUACUACUACCAGCUCAACAGCAAGAAGCACCACCCCUACCAGCCCGACCCCAAGAUGUACGACUUGCAGUACCAGGGCGGCCACAAGGAGGCGCCCAGCCCCACUUGCCCGGACCUGGGCGCCAAGAGCCACCCGCCUGACAAGUGGGCCCACGGCGCGGGGGCCAAGGGCUACCUGGGAGCUGUGAAGCCCCUGGCCGGUGCGGCCGGGGCUCCAGGCAAGGGCUCCGAGAAGGGCCCUCCCAAUGGGAUGACGCCGGCCCCCAAAGAGGCGGUGACGGGCAACGGGAUUGGGGGCAAGAUGAAGAUCGUCAAGAACAAGAACAAGAACGGGCGCAUCGUGAUCGUCAUGAGCAAAUACAUGGAGAAUGGCAUGCAGGCGGUGAAGAUCAAGUCCGGCGAGGCGGCCGAGGGCGAGGCGCGCUCCCCCAGCCACAAGAAGCGGGCCGCCGAGGAGCGCCACCCCCCGGCCGACAGGACUUUCAAAAAGGCAGCAGGGGCCGAGGAGAAGAAGGCGGAGGCGCCGUCCAAGAGGAGGGAGGAGGAGGCGCCGGGAGCCGGCGACCCGCAGCCCCAGGACGCCGGCUCCCGCAAGCUGUCCCCGACCAAGGAGGCCUUCGGCGAGCAGCCCCUGCAGCUCACCACCAAGCCCGACCUGCUGGCCUGGGACCCAGCCCGGAGCUCCCACCCGCCCUCCCACCAUCACCACCACCACCACCACCAUCACCACCACCACCACUCGGUCGGCCUAAAUCUCUCCCACGCGCGCAAGCGCUGCCUCUCCGAGACCCACGGCGAGCGCGAGCCCUGCAAAAAGCGCCUAACGGCGCGCAGCAUCAGCACCCCCACCUGCCUGGGGGGUAGCCCGGCCGCCGAGCACCCCACCGACGUGCCCCCCACCGCCACCCUCCCCCAGCCCGAGGUCAUCCUGCUGGACUCGGAUCUGGACGAGCCCAUAGACUUGCGCUGCGUCAAGACGCGCGGCGAAGCCGGGGAGCCCCCAAGCGCCCUCCAAGUGAAGCCCGAGGCGCCCGCGACGGUGGCGGCCGUGGCAGCUGCGCCGGUGACGGCGGCCGAGAAGCCUCCGGCCGAGGCCCAGGACGAGCCCGAGGAGCCGCUGAGCGAGUUCAAGCCCUUCUUUGGGAAUAUAAUUAUCACCGACGUCACCGCGAACUGCCUCACCGUCACGUUCAAGGAGUACGUGACGGUGUAGCUGGAGGGCUUCGGAAGGGGAAGCGUCAUCCCCGCGGGUGACUUAGCACCUG